AUGCCCAAUCAAACACCAAAUUCACAGAUGGUCAAUGGCUUUCCGCCCAGUAGAAACGUUUCGGCAUCGACUCCAAAAGUCGACUCCAACGGUCCAUCCUUUGCACAGUACAAUGGUCCAUCGUCCGCCUUCAAACCGUAUGACACAGCAUUCGGCCAAGCUGCACCGAUUCCUCCCUUUCCGGGACCAUCCUUGGCUGGUUUCACGCGCUCUCCUAACUUCGUUCCGCUACGGAUUCCACUCAGUUCAAACAGAAGACUCCGCGUGGGCUUAGCGCAGUUCACGAGGACUGCACUGCCCACGCUGAGACUUUCGGACCCAAUCCCUCCCCUCCAUCCAGGCGGUUUCUUUGUUUGGGCCAUUGUUUUGCUCGUGUCGCAGUCUAAGGUUAUAAGGUACGCGAUACAUCGUGCUAUGAAGGAACUAUCACCAGUAGUGGUAACUACGGGAUCAACACAUCAAACAGUUGUUGGGAGUUCGGCUCCAGCGGUGUAUCAGAACAGUUCAUACAAUUCCAACGUGCUUGGGCCGCCUAAUCCUCCUUUCCCACCGUCUCUUGCGAGCCACUCUAGAUCGUCUACAUCGACUCCAAUGCAGUCGGCUCCUUUGCAACCACCUGCACCGCCAGACAUGCGUCAAGUACAGCAAGGCUUCAGUCAGAUGAGUAUGAACAACCAGCCAGCAAUGCCACAGCAUGCCAAUCCUUCAUGGGGUGGAUCGCAUCCGUUGGAUCCGCGACUUGCUGCCCCGCAGCUUACACCAGAUUUAAUGGAUUUGACAGCUGAAGAGGAAUGUCAUUCAGUUGGGAUUCGAGGAUAA